CGGGCAAUUAGUGCUCACCAGCAGCUGCUCCGAGAGGAUCUGAUGAGUAGCAGGAAUGGGCUCGUUUGGAGAGAUGCUGUGGAUUAUACACUCAGUGGGACUUUAUGCUCAAAUCAGUGCGAAUUUGGCAGUGGUCAAUCCCGUAUCUGGAAACGCUCUUUUCACCGAGGUUCCUCAUGACGUGGUCUCUCAGGCUGGAGAUGAUGUGGAGAUGGCCUGCUCCUUCAGAGGCGCUAGCUCCUCCUCCGUCUCCUUGGAGAUCCAGUGGUGGUACACCAGACACAGCAGAGAGGGGGCGGAGCAACCAGCAUGGACAACCAAUCAGGUGGUUUCACAGGAAAACACACCAAACGGGGCGACUAAAAUAAGCGUGGUAAAAGUGGUUGGCAGCAACAUCUCACAUAAACUUCGUCUGUCUAGCGUCAGACCUUCAGACGAAGGAACGUACGAGUGUCAGGUCAUUGACAGUGAAAACCGAUCCCAGCGGCACAGAGUUCAGGCGUAUCUGCAGGUACAGCCAGACGUCCACAACAGAGACCAGAAGAACGGAGAGGAGAAGAAGACAUCAGAAGAGAACACAGAGCCUGAAGACCAUCAGAUGAGCCACCAUUAGAAGAAGAGCAGAGGAUGUGCCAAGCGGCCCAUCGUUUUCAUGAAGAGGAUCAUCAUCAGCUCCACGAGGGGAACAAGACAAGAGCAGGAAAGAAACCGCAAGAAACCGAGAGCAGCGAUUUGAAGACUGCACACGAGAAGAGAGACAAUAAUCUGUUCUAAAGUAAAACUAGAACAGUCCUGGUGUUAUGAACCAUAUCCUAUCACAAGUUGCCCACAUAAUGAGUCUUUACAUUAGUUUGUGCUGCUUCUAUCAAAAGAAACGUUAGUUUUCUUUGCUUCAGGUUCGUCUAAGGCUACCUCUCCUGAUUUUUUGGUCAUCUGGUUAUCGUAAGGAGAGGAGAAGAAUAGGAUGAAUGAAACAGCAGCAGAAACGAGAGGUGAUUAUUGAUGACUGAGAAGAAAUGAAGAGGGUGAAUUUAGCUGCAGGCAGAAAUAUUAAUUUAUUCACUAACAGAUAAGGUCUAAAUGUAAUAUAUUAUUUGUGUUAGAAAUGUUUAACUUUACUGAUCUGUUCGCCUUCACAUUUUAUUUGUGUGUGUUUGUAAUUUGAUUAAAUUUUAUCAUGAAAAAAAUUUGUUGUGCACAAGAUGGUAAAUGGCUAUUUUGUGUGUGUGUGUGUGUGUGUGUGUGUGUGUGUGUGUGUGUUUUAUUAGACUUGGAGCUACAUUUCUAUAAUGGGCUUUCGUCAAACAGUUGAAAUGCAGUUUUCUGAUAUUAAAGUGAUUUUUAUGAUGCAUCUUCUGUAUAUCUGCUUUGAUGUUUCUGUAUGGAAGCAAUGCAAACAAUAAAUUGAGUCGUAUAAACAAUAAA